AUGCCUUUUCUCCGCAAGGAGGACUUCAAGGAAUGGCCGGAUGACGGCACCGCCGGCUCUUGGAAAAGGUUUCCUCCAAGCCAGGAGGGCGCCUUCAUCGGGCUUCGUGACAGCUUGCCUUGGUUGAGCUACCUCCGCAGUUUCGGGGGUGCAUCAACAUGCCGCUAUUGCAUCAUCACAUCCCACGGCCCUCCCCACGUGCAAGUGGCGGAAGCCGACGAGGAGGAGGACUUCUGCAGGAUGCUGGGCCAGCUCAACGCGCUCACGGCGCGGGAUGUGCUUUCCGUGGCGGAUGGUUGCGACCGCAGGGAGAUGCUCGGCAGGCUGCUUCAGCUUGCGCCGGAGAGUGUGAGCGGGGACCCGGCGCCGGCACCCUCAGCCGAAGAGCUGAGGGAGGUGGAGCGACUGGAAAGGACCAUCCACGAGAAGGACGCCGACCUUCAGGAGGUUCGCAAGACCCUCCAGCAGAAGGACGCCGAAUUGGAGGAGGCUCGAGCGAGCUUGUCGCAGAAGGAGGGCUUCCUGGAAGCCGUUUGGGAUGAUGCUUGUCAAGACAUGGCUGGGCAGGCACUCUCACAGCUUCCGCCGGAGUCUUCGGAUGUUCCGGAACAGGCUCAAGCAGAAGAGCGCGCAAACGAUCGGAGAGUUUGCGAGCACCAGGUGGAGAGCGAAAGCCAGGCCGCAGCGCCUGAGCAGUUGCCGGAGAUGCAACUUGGGGAGUUCAAUGUCCCCGCCAACUUAUUGCACCUACCCGGCCAAGAAGCGUCCCAGCCUGCCACGGAUACCAGUAUCCAGGCCGACGUUGAGGAGGCCGACGCAGAGAUGUCCCCCGAGUCGUUGCUGCAAGGUGGUUCCUUCUGCAAGAGCGGGGUCAGCCGCUACUGGCGAAUGGCCAACGCAGCGUAUCACGCAGCCAGCCGCGGCUGCGUGUCCCAAGAUGAGCAUGUCUGGGAGGUCAUCACGCAUCAUCGGCCCACCAACACGCGCAUCAUCGGCAGAGAGCUCCCGGGCGGCUCAGUGGAGAUUGCCUUCCGCGGCACGGUUUCCGAAGGGCACUUGGGAGUGCGGUCUGGCGCCAACUGGCACACCAACUUGGACUCAGCAAUCGAGCCGCUGAGCGCCGACCUUUGCAGCCCCGAAGACCUGGCCAGGAUGGGCGUCGAGGUUGGAGUUCACCGAGGUUUCCAACGCGCCUACGCCGCCGUCCAGUCGGAGCUUCUCGCGUGGCUGGCCGGGCGCGUUGCCUGCAGAGGGAGCGCGCCCCACGCUGUGGUUCACCUGGCAGGCCACUCCUUGGGCGGAGCCCUGGCCACGUUGGCUGCCGUCCACCUGCGUUUGAAGCUGGGCUGUCGCGUGCAGGCGGUGGUGACCUUCGGAAGCCCCAGGGUGGGCACGGCACCUUUCUUCAGACUCUAUGAGCAGCUGGGCCUGCAGAGUCGGACAGCCCGCUUCGUGAACCGAGCCGACCCAGUUCCGCGAGUGCCCCUGGAGCGCGACGGCUUCGUGCACGUGGGGCAGGCCCAUUCUGUCGGAAGGCCGGGCUUCCCACUCUCGAGCCAUUCCAUGCAAGGCAACGAAGCGUCCUACUUCGACACGUUGCACGACGCCGUGGAAACCGAGGUCGUGCAGCCUGGUCUCGGCGGCGGCAUCCUGACACGGGCCGGUGCCGUCUGCUUCGAUGCGGAGACGGUCGUGGUGGCGGCGAAGCAGGAGCUCAAGGCCGAGAUGGCCCUGGUGCACCGGGACGUGGCGAUGCUGGCCGAGGGCAUGCGGGGCGCGGAGCGGCGGCUGAAGGAUGCCAUCAAGGGCGCGCAGUGCUGGGAGUGGCUCAUCGAAUCGCAGACCGUGUCGUCCGUUCUUCAGGACUUCGGGGCAAGUCUGCCCGAGUACCGCGGUCUGCCGCAGUGGGUGUGGGAGGUCCGGAAGGCCAGGGACAAGAUGCUGAUGGCGGCCAAGGCUGAGCUGCAAGACCCGAAGUCUGAGCUGGCCGUGCGCUUCCUCCUCAUGUUCUCGCAGCUGAGCCUGCUGAUGAUCAGGGCCAUGCAGGCAUCGGGCGCAGAGCGGCGGGAGGUGGAGGACAAGCGGCAGGAGUUCGUCGCCGAAAGCCGCGUCCUCCUGAAGUGCAUGCUGGGCUGCUGGCAGGGCGACGUAGCUGGCAUGGUGGAGCUCCUGCGGCUCUUGGGGCGGCACUGCCCGGAUGCCUUGUGCGACUUGCCGGAAGCCUGGACCCCCGUCGCGAAGAUGCUGCUGUCCCCCGACCCGGCAGACCUCACUCUCGACUUCGGCGCAGACUGCAGCCAUGCUGGUGACGCCUGGUCGCUGGCCAGUCAUUUCUUGGAGGACCCGAACUUGUCCACUCUGCGCAUACGCUUUGGGGCAGCCUUCGACGACGAUGUGUUCCUCCAGGACACUGCUUUUCCGACAGUCGUCCUGCUUGCAUGUCAGUACAGCACGCGUGCGCGUGUUCUCAGACAGCGCAGUCAGGUCCCAUGUCUUGUUGUUAUGAUCUGCCGACAGGAUCUCGCUGUCAAGCAUCCCUACAGCCUCCAGCUGCUCUCCUUGACCUUCGACAGCCAGGAGAACUUCACGGAUGUGGGGUUGCAGACACUGGCCCAGAACCUGCCCAAGCAGCUGACUUCUUUGCACUUGAAUUUUGGGUGGAAUGAGAACUUCACGGAUGUGGGGCUGCAGACGCUGGCCCAGAACCUGCCCAAGCAGCUGACCUCUCUGCACUUGGAUUUCUGGCACAACGAGAACUUCACGGAUGUGGGGCUGCAGGCGCUGGCCCAGAACCUGCCCAAGCAGCUGACCUCUCUGCACUUGGAUUCCUGGCACAACGAGAACUUCACGGAUGUGGGGCUGCAGGCGCUGGCCCAGAACCUGCCCAAGCAGCUGACCUCUCUGCACUUGGAUUUCUGGCACAACGAGAACUUCACGGAUGUGGGGCUGCAGGCGCUGGCCCAGAACCUGCCCAAGCAGCUGACCUUUCUGCACUUGGAUUUCUGGCACAACGAGAACUUCACGGAUGUGGGGCUGCAGGCGCUGGCCCAGAACCUGCCCAAGCAGCUGACCUCUCUGCACUUGGAUUUUGAAGAGAACAAGAGGUUCACGGAUGUGGGGCUGCAGACGCUGGCCCAGAACCUGCCCAAGCAGCUGACCUCUCUGCACUUGGAUUUUUGGCGCAACGAGAACUUCACGGAUGUGGGGCUGCAGGCGCUGGCCCAGAACCUGCCCAAGCAGCUGACCUCUCUGCACUUGGAUUUCUGGCACAACGAGAACUUCACGGAUGUGGGGCUGCAGACGCUGGCCCAGAACCUGCCCAAGCAGCUGACCUCUCUGCACGUGCAUAUUCGAAAGAACAAGAGGUUCACAGAUGUGGGGCUGCAGACGCUGGCCCAGAACCUGCCCAAGCAGCUGACCUCUCUGCACUUGGAAUAUUGGUGCAACGAGAACUUCACGGAUGUGGGGUUGCAGACACUGGCCCAGAACCUGCCCAAGCAGCUGACUUCUUUGCACUUGAAUUUUGGGUGGAAUGAGAACUUCACGGAUGUGGGGCUGCAGACGCUGGCCCAGAACCUGCCCAAGCAGCUGACCUCUCUGCACUUGGAUCUUCGUGAGAAACGGAGGUUCACAGAUGUGGGGCUGCAGACGCUGGCCCAGAACCUGCCCAAGCAGCUGACCUCUCUGCGCUUGAAUUUCUGGCACAACGAGAACUUCACGGAUGUGGGGCUGCAGACGCUGGCCCAGAACCUGCCCAAGCAGCUGACCUCUCUGCACGUGGAUUUUCGAGAGAACAAGAGGUUCACGGAUGUGGGGCUGCAGACGCUGGCCCAGAACCUGCCCAAGCAGCUGACCUCUGUGCACUUGAAUUUUGGGCUCAACGAGAACUUCACGGAUGUGGCGCUGCAGACGCUGGCCCAGAACCUGCCCAAGCAGCUGACCUCUCUGCACUUGGAUUUCUGGCACAACGAGAACUUCACGGAUGUGGGGCUGCAGAUGCUGGCCCAGAACCUGCCCAAGCAGCUGACCUCUCUGCACUUGGAUUUCUGGCACAACGAGAACUUCACGGAUGUGGGGCUGCAGACGCUGACGCUGGCCCAGAACCUGCCCAAGCAGCUGACCUCUCUGCACUUGGAUUUUGAAGAGAACAAGAGGUUCACGGAUGUGGGGCUGCAGACGCUGGCCCAGAACCUGCCCAAGUGUCAAGAGUACAUGAUUCCCAGAUGCAAGAGAAUUGAAUCUUCGGAGCAAAGUGGCGAGCUUCUCGAGCUCCCGCAUGCUGCCCUCUUCCAGGACCGGCUUGCGGCCUCGCAGGGCGGCUCGGCCCCCGCAGCGGACCUCGAGGCUCUGAGGCGGGAACUGGAAGGCUCCAAAAAGGAGUCAGCUGACGUGCGGGCCGAGAUGAAGGAGCUGCUCGAAGAGCUGCGGGUCUGUCAAGCCCAGCGCGACACAGCGGCUUUGGCCUUUCAGGAGGCCCAGGCAAGGCAGCUGUCGCGCGAGGGAGAGGCCGUCUCCCGCCUGCGGACGGAGUUCGCGGAGCAGCGGCAGGCCUUUUUGGAAGAAGCAUCCGGCGAAGUGAGCGCGUUGCGGCAGCAGCUCCAGACUCUGAAGAAGGAGAAGGAGCAGGCCGCAGCGGAGCUUCAGAAGGUGCGUCAGAACGAGGAGGAGCUGGUAGCCACCCUGAGGCAAGAGCAUGAGGAGGCGCACCAAAGCGCGCUGACCAGAGCCAUCUGGCAGCUCCAGGUGGCCGACGACUGCGUGGUGUCCUUGCAGGGGCGGUUGCAGCAGGAGUCCGAGACCUUCGCCUCCUUUCAAUCUGAGUUGCUAAGCUGCCGUCAGGAGCUGACAGAGGAAGCCAGCGGCUCACGCCGGCUUGCAGCUGCGCUCUCCGCCAGCGAGCAGGAGCAGGAGCUCCUUGAGCAGAAGGUGCGCACCCUUGAGACUUCCCUUAGGGGCGAUGACAGUCGAAGUUCGGACAUGCCGGAAGUCUCCCGCGAGCGCCAGCAGGCCUUGGCCCUGAUCCAGCGCCUGCGGGCGCGGCAGGUCGGCAGCCUGGCGAGUUUGCAGGAGCCCACGGGGCACAGCUAUGACCCGCUCUGGCCGAAGACCGGAUCGCUGGGUAGCUCACCCCUGAGGUCUUCGCCUCACCUCCGCGGCGCUUCAUCCUUCCUCUCGAGCCUGGGCCUGCCACCCUCUCCCAGCAAGGAGAUCUCGAGCUCAGGGGCCACAGCCUUCGGCUUGCGGUCCAGCCAGUAA